AGCGCAGCCGAGCCAAGCGCGGGGCCGCGCUGCCCCGGACGCCCUUUGUUGUCUCGGUCGCCGCUGAGCCCCGGCCGCAGCAGCGCGGGCCUGGCGGGCGGGAUGUCUCAGGAGAGCCUUCUCGGGAUGGACGAGGGAGCGCUGCGGAAGCUGCUCGAGGCCACGCUGGACCUGGCUGAGCGGCGCCGCAUCCGUUCGGCGAUCCGGGAGCUGCAGCGGCAGGAGCUGGAGCGGGACGAGGAGGCGCUGGCAUCCAAGCGCUUCCGCCCAGAGCGCGGCAGCCACAGACAGGACGACAAGGAGAACUGGCCACGGUCUCAGCACCUGGAGGAGGAGCAGCAGGCAGCCCUGGCCGCCUUGUCUCAGGAGCUUGAAGCAAUCACCAGCGUGGAGGAGCUGACAAAACUGCUGCGGGCAGCGGGUGAGUAUGAGGAGCGCAAGGUGAUCCGAGCUGCCAUCCGUAAGCUGCGGGCUGAGGAGAUCGAAGCUGCGACACUGGCUGGGAAUGUGCAGAGCAGCCGGAGGGAUGGCAACGAGCCCCGCACUGUGCCUGGGGAUGCGAAAAGUAUCCAGAGGGACAAUGCUGAAACACCAGCCCUUACUGGGAGUGGGGAAAGCCUUGGUGAGGGCAGCACCAAGCCCCUGGGCACAGCCAGGAGAGGGGAGAGCAGCCGUCAGGACGAUGCAGAACUGCCGGCACUGGCUGAGCUAGAGGAGAGUGGGCACAGGGGGGCUGCUGAGCAGCCCCCUGCCCAGGAGCCCGAAGUUUCAGCGGACCAUGAACGAGAGGACAUGGUGGAGCAGGAGCAUGUCCCAGCCAGGAUGCAGGAGCUGUGCAGCCAGCAGGCGGGAGACCCCCAGAAACCCAGUGUCCAGGAAGUGGUGUCGGAGACCCUUGUGCUUCUGGAGCUGCAGCCGGCCCCAGAGCCCAAUCCAGAGCCUGAGGAUGGUGUUGAGGAGCUGGAGCAGGGCCAGCCCCAGAGGCAGCAACAGGCAGCCUGGAAGGCAGGGAGCCUGGACAGCCCAGCCAGUGCUGCAGAGCCCAGCAGGAGGCAAAGCCCUAGAGGGGAGCAGCCACCUGGUGCUGCCAGCCAGCUCCAUGUUGGGGUGCGCUGCCAGGCACUGGGGCCAGAUGGGAGACACGGGAGGCCACCAGUGGUGCCAGUGUCCACCCAGGAUCUAGUAGGGACCCCAGCUCGCCUGAACACUCACCAGUGGGAGCAGGUGUCCUCCUCCUUGUGCCCAGCUGGCCCCACGGAGGUGACCCUGGGGCUGCGGAGCACCCCCAUCCGCAUCACCACCAUUCCCAGCAGUGUCAGCAGUAUCUGCAACAUCAGCAGUGUCAGCAGCAAUGUCACCAAGGACCCUUGCGCCCACUUUGAGGGCACCGAGGAGCCCAGCGGCCCUGUGGCCCAUCCACCCACUUUCUCCAGCACGCGCCAACAAUCGACCCUGCACCUCUCCCGGACCAACAGCAGCAUGGAGCCGGAGGUGGUGGAGCAGCCCCAGGUUCUGAGGCUGGAGCCAGAGCUGCCCAACGGCAUGGAGAAGGUGCAAGUGAGGGAGGUAGAGAGAAGGAGCAAGCUGAAUGUCGAGGAGCUGAGCAGGAUUGAGGAUGAGGAUGUUCUGGAUAAGAUGCUGGAUCGGACAACAGACUUUGAGGAGCGACGGCUGAUCCGAAAUGCCAUGCGGGAGCUGCGCCAGCGCAAGCGAGACCAGCGGGAGAAGGAGCGAGACCAGCGGCUGCAGGAGGCUAGGAGCCAGGCUAUGGCAGGAAGAGCUGGCCACGCCACCGAGACCACCACCACGCAGAGCACUCAGUCAGCUGACGGCUCAGCGCGCAGCACCGUCACCAAGACUGAGCGUCUCGUCCAGUCUAGUGAUGGCACCAAGACCUCCCGUACCACAACCAUGGAGUCAAGUUAUGUGAAGAGAUCGGACAGUGGCAACAGCACAUUUGUUCAAACCAAAUCAUCCUACAGCUCCUCGUCCAAGAAGACCGGCAGCGUCUUCGACCGUGAAGAUGAGAGUGCCUCGAGGCAGAGCAGCCUGGCUGCACUGGAGCGGCGUCAGGCAGAGAAGAAGAAGGAGCUAAUGAAGGCUCAGAGCCUGCCCAAGACCUCAACCUCACAGGCACGCAAGGCCAUGAUGGAGAAGCUGCAGAAGGAAGGCGGGAGCUCACCAAACCCCGCAGCAUCACAGACCAGUGUGCAGCGCUCCUCCAGCUUUGGCGUGCCCAAUGCCAGCAGUAUCAAGCAGAUGUUGCUGGACUGGUGCAGAGCCAAGACCCGGGGCUACGAGCAUGUGGACAUCCAGAACUUCUCGUCCAGCUGGAGUGAUGGCAUGGCCUUCUGUGCCUUGGUCCACAACUUCUUCCCUGAUGCGUUUGACUACAGUAAGCUGACACCCCAGAACCGCCGCCACAACUUUGAGGUGGCCUUCUCUUCUGCAGAGAAGCACGCGGACUGUCCACAGUUGCUGGACGUGGAGGACAUGGUCCGGAUGCGCGAGCCAGAUUGGAAGUGUGUGUACACAUACAUUCAGGAAUUCUAUCGCUGCCUGGUCCAGAAGGGGCUGGUAAAAACCAAAAAGUCGUAGCCCAUUGUCACCCCCCCCAAGGACCAAUGGACGCUGGUGGACUGCGUGCCGCUGGUGGAGGUCGAAGACAUGAUGAUCAUGGGGAAGAAGCCAGACGCCAAGUGCGUCUUCACCUACGUGCAGUCCCUCUACAACCACCUGCGUCGCCACGAGUUGCGCAUGCGGCAGAAAGAGUGCUAGAGCCUGCCCUGCCCACCCCCCCACCGUCCUUGCUGCCAGGGCUGCCAGUGGGCAGGGGAGCUGCCUGCCCCAGGAGGGUCUGGCAGGGCCACAGGUCUGGCACGGGGGACAGGGGGAACUCUGACACCCAGGCAGUCCCAUGCCUCUACCUUGCCAGAGCUGCCUCUGCCCCGGCCAGCUGCAGGCUGACCCCAUGAGCAGGACCAGGCAGGCACUGCUGGGGAUGCCCCUGGCUUGGCUUGCCCCCUGCGCUCCAGCCUGUUAAGUUAUUUGUUCUCCAGGAAUUGUGUACCCUGCGGGCAGCACUCCUGUGUCCCUGGGUGGCACAGCUGCACCCUCAGGCCUGGGGCACAGUGUGGGUCAGUGGCUGAGCAGGACCGUGUAACCCAGCCAGGCAUCCCACAGGCAGCACCUGUCAGUGGUUCCCUUGGCUCCCUGUGAGGAAGCCCCUCUGCCCACCGCAGGCCCUGCUUGGUGUCACCUCCCUGGGGACAGCUCCACAGCUGUGCCGACACCCUGCUUCCCACCUUCACGUGCACCUGGGGCACUUCUGCACUAGGGGCUGCAGCACCUGUGGGCUGGGGAGCGGGCAGGGGUGAGAGGUCCCAGGAGAGCACAAGGCUGAAGGAGCGAGCCAGGAUGGCAGCCCCUUCUCCCCUCUCCUGCUCAGGGCACCACGCGCUCAGCGCCACUCGCCCCUCCGUCACGUCUCUACACCUGUAAUGACACGUGUACCAACACCAGCCAGACAAUAAAGGUUUACCUAGGGUGA